CUGCCUAUCGCCCGUCACUCACGCGUGCCCGGACCCUUCCUUUCCUCGCCUCCUACUCUGACCAUCUUCUACACCCAACCCAGCCGACCAAAUCGACGGGCGCCAUGGAGCCGGCGGCGGAGAGGAAGGUGCCCGAGCAGGAGGAGCAGCUGCAGCCGCCGCAGGACGCGCCGCCCGCCGCCGUCGACGAGGAGGACGACGCGGAGGCCGAGGAGACCGAGCGCCGCAACGCCGAGCUCAAGGCCGGCCUCCACCCCCUCAGGCGCAAGCUCGUGCUCUGGUACACGCGCCGGACGCCCGGGGCGAGGUCGCAGUCGUACGAGGACAACAUCAGGAAGAUCGUCGAUUUCAGCACCGUCGAGUCGUUCUGGGUUUGCUACUGCCACAUGGCGCGCCCGUCUUCCCUCCCGAGCCCCACGGACCUGCAUCUGUUCAAAGAGGGUGUCCGUCCACUCUGGGAGGAUCCUGCAAACCGGAAUGGUGGCAAGUGGAUUAUACGGUUCAAGAAGGCUGUUUCUGGUCGUUUCUGGGAGGAUUUGGUGCUGGUUCUAGUGGGUGAUCAACUCGAGUACAGCGAUGAUGUUUGUGGCCUGGUGCUCAGUUGCCGUUUCAAUGAAGACAUUCUGAGCGUCUGGAAUCGAAAUGCAUCAGACCACCAGGCUGUGAUGACACUAAGAGACUCAAUCAAGAGGCACCUGAAGCUGCCGCACACCUACCUGAUGGAGUACAAGCCACACGAUGCCUCGCUGAGAGACAAUUCGUCGUACAGGAACACAUGGCUGAGAGGCUAAACCUAGUGACCUCCGUGUUGUGUCCGAGCUAGAUCCUUGUGGAUCUCCAGUUCCGACUUUUCAGCCCCAGCUGUUAUGUAUUAAGUAUGCACACUCUUUGUCAUGCUAAGUACUACUAUCCAGAAUUUCAAAUGAACAAGUGUCAACUUUUUA